CGGCUCUUUGAAAUACUGGUGGCCUCAGAAACUCUACAGGGUGUUGGGUGAGGUACCAUUUAUUAGGAAGCAGUCCCAAAUGUUUGGAGGGUUUGCACCUUUGUGGGAAAUAUCCUGAAGGAGUUAACAGAGGUCCCGCCUAAGUGGGGUCGUGCCUGGGCCGAGCAUUUAUAAGGAGAGCAUCAGAGCAGUUUCGGCAUUCAUGGAGCCACCUGCCCUUGUUUCCAUACAAGUUGUCUCUGCAUUUGGUCUGCCCGACGAACUCAUCCAGAAGGGGAAGGACAUCAAGGGGACAUCGGAAAUCGUGCAGAAUGGGAAGCACUUCAAGUUGACCAUCACUACUGGGUCCAAGGUCAUCCAGAAUGAGUUCACCUUGGGGGAGGAGUGUGAGAUGGAGACCAUGAAUGGGGAGAAGGUCAAGACAGUGGUUCAGUUGGAAGGUGACAAUAAACUGGUGACAACUUUCAAAGGCAUCAAGUCUGUGACUGAACUCAACGGUGACAUAAUCACCAGUACCAUGACACUGGGUGACAUUGUCUUCAAGAGAAUCAGCAAGAGAAUUUAGACAAGUCCACAUUUCAUAGUCUUAUAUCAUGUAAAAUUAAUGCAAUAAAGUGAAAUUUCUUUUUCAAAAAGA